UUUGUUUUUUCACGCAACGUGCAAACCUAACCCACACUCCUCCUCCCUCUGCGCCUUGGCACCAUAUCCCUCCACGAUCGCCUUCCCUUCUCCUCUCCCGCCGCCGCCGCCGAUUCGAUCUCCAUCCCGCGCCGCCGCCGCUGCUUCCGCCGCAUCCUCCCUCCCUGAUUUGUGGAUAUGGCUGAUAACGACAAGGAGGCGGCGGGAGAGGGAGCAACUCCCCGUGGAGCGGACUGGGAGGUGGUGACUCUUACUGCGUCCGCCUAUGCGGCGGCGCCGGGGCCGGGUGGAGCAGGAGACAGGCCGGCGGCUGAGACCAAAGGCCUUGAUGCAAGUCAGGAAGGAGACCAGACCAAAGGCCUUGAUGGAAGUCAGGAAGGGCGGGGCUCGGAGAGCGCGCUGUUCAUGUCUGGCCACUUUGUGUUCCCUCCAAGCGAGCAUGAGAAUCUGCCGAUCGAUGCCGGCUUUGAUGACAUCCAGCAUAAGAAGGAUGCGCAGGAAGCGAGCACGAGCGUGGAAGACGAGGGUUUCAAGAAUGUCGGUGGGAACUAUGGUGCUGGGUUGGAGAGGAUUCAGUUCUAUGAUGAAGGAAGGAACCUCUCGGCCAAUGAUGUAGAGAUGAUGAUGGGUGAUGCUGCUGAGCAUGGCUCGUUUCAUGCUCAGGACGAGGAGCAAGGUUUAGAUGAUGAUAAUGAUUUUGAUGACUCUCAUGACAAAUCAGAUCUGCCCUCAGAAUCUGCGGACAGCAAAAGCCGUGAUUCUGGCGCCCCUUGCAAAUGCUGGCUGAAGAAACAUAUGUCAUGCCUGUAUCACCAAGCCAAGGAAACAAAUGCUCUCUGGUCUGUGGUGGUUGCAGCUGCUCUUGUCGGGCUCGUAAUCUUGGGACGCUGGCACAAAGACAAACUGCACCUUAAGAAUCUUAAAUGGCGAUCUGGCUCAACAGUGAGAGGGUGACCAACAGGGCUGGUGGGUGUUUUUAUGGUCUUCUUCGAUGCAACCUCUGAUGAGUCAUCACAUGUCAUCUGAAGUUGUAACUGAGACGGUUGGCAAUAUGAUUGUGACAAUGACGAAAGGAGUAUACCUAAUGUAAUAAUAUGAAGUUUGACAGUGGUGCUUGUAGCCUUCGUUUGGUUGCCUUGCCAGCUCUGAGAUGCCGAAGUUUCCACCGCUACACACACCACCGUACCAUUGUACACUUGCUAUGCUACAUUUUCUUUUAUGUUCUGAGGAAUGGCUGUCAACACGCAAUUGCAUACUGCGAAAUCCAUGUAACCUCGUUGUUCUUCCAGAACAAAUUCAGAUGCAUUUGUGCUGUUCUUUUAAGAAGGAAAACCUGGGAGUCUCGUUUACUGUUCCUUACAGGAGGUGGUUUCACUUCAGUUUUUAUCCCUUCACAACUGGGAUGUUGCUUGUCAUUAUCAUGGUUUUUUUUGUAUUGCAAGCAUUAUGAUUGCUACUCAUAUGAAUCAGUGUUUAGACCUCCAUGGUCGUAUUUUCUACUCA